UUACGACGGUCCACAGCGCGCUUUCGGCUGCUGCCUGGCGCCUUCCCAGUGAUCACUUACUCACCUUCGAACGUGUAUUUAGGACCACGAAUCCUACCAACCCCCUCAACUACCGUCCCACCACUUCUAAACUACACCUAACGUCGUCCAAAUCAUGACAAAAAAGCUCUUUACAAUGCUGGAGAAUAACCCGCAGGUGAUGAACCACCUCGCCUACUCCCUCGGCCUCGACAGAUCCUUCUCCUUCCACGACGUUUACUCGCUCACCGAUCCCGACCUCCUCGCCGUCAUCCCUCGUCCGGCGCUCGCCUUGCUAGUCAUCAUUCCGCUGACGCCUACAUGGGACGAAGCUCGUACAGCCGAGGACAAGGACAAGGGAGAAUAUGAGCGGAAGGGCGAGGAAGAGCCGGUGAUAUGGUUCAAGCAGACAAUCGGGCACGCAUGCGGCUCCAUUGGUCUGGUACACUGCCUGCUGAAUGGCGAGGCAUCAAAGCAUGUUCAGUCUGGCUCGACGCUGGAUCAAAUAAGGAAUGCUGCCUUGCCCAAGACGAUGUGGGAGCGCGCGAAAGUGCUUGAGGACUCUGAGGCUUUCGAAAAAGCUCAUGCGGAAGCUGCGAAGCUUGGUGACACCGCCGCUCCGACUCCUGAAGAGGGAGAGCAUCUGGGCCAGCAUUUUGUGGCCUUCGUCAAGGGUAAAGACGGGCACCUGUGGGAGCUGGAAGGCGGCAGAAAGGGCCCGUUGGAUCGCGGCUUGCUGAAGGAUGAUGAAGAUGUGCUGAGUCCAGCUGCCCUCGAGAUGGGAAUUGGCAGGCUGAUCAGGAUUGAAUCCGAGCAUGGCGGUGACCUGAGGUUCUCUGUUAUUGCCCUUGCGGAGAGCAUGGACUAGAAUGGAGGGUGAAUACGUGCUGCUCUAGCUGCGCAAAUAUGCGUGAAAUGCCCCGAGUACCUCCAGAAGAAGAGCCUUGUUAUAGGAUAUGCAUCUGCAUCGUACGGGAGCCAAUGACCAUGACACGGAUGCGAGCAAUCGGCUUUCGCGCAGGCGGGGUAGAAGCAGAUAAGAAGAAGAAGAAGUGGUGGUGGUUACAUCACACAUCAAAUACGGGAUCAUAGCACGAACCAGGUCAGCAUUGUAUGGCAUGUAUGAGAG